AUCGAUGAUAAGAAAAAGGAAUGAAGAGGGAAUUGAACAAGAUCUCGCCGAUAAUGCGCAGCAGCCGAACACUGAUUUGAAUCUUUGAGAGGGACUGUGAAAGUGAUUCAUUUGUUUUCUUGUCCUGUUGAAGCAAUUACGCUUUUUGGAUUGAAGAAAGGCAGUCAAGAAUUUGAAAUUUAAAGUCUUGCUUCGAUCAGCAGUUUUGAGAAUCGAGAAUCUCUUCUAGCCAAACCAUUCAUUACAAGUGGCAUGAAUCUCGUAACCAGAUGUGCACGCUUCUCCACUUUGCGGAUACCCAAUUCCUGGCCCUAAAAUGCGGAAGAGGGAAUUACUACACUGAACAAGGGGACCACGCUCACAAACCCUAGCGGACAUGGCGAAACACCCUGCCGGAUGGUUCCUUCCUCUCAAGAAGAAGCAAUGGCUUUUGCCCCUUCUUCUUGCUCUUUCUCUCUCGACCUUGAUAGCCAUCUCCAUCAAAUCCGCCUUCAGCUCCUCGGCGUGCGACCGUCAGAACUUCGAUGUUUCGUCCAAAGCAGUUCGAGCCCUCUCGCCGCCGACCAAUACUGCAGUUCCUUCGAAUCCGCUCAGUUUCAUGAAGUCUAAGCUUGUUCUUCUUGUUUCACACGAGCUCUCUCUUUCGGGAGGACCAUUAUUAUUGAUGGAGUUAGCUUUUCUAUUAAGAGGUGUUGGUGCUGAAGUUUGCUGGAUUACUAAUCAGAAGCCCUCUGAAGCAGAUGAUGUUGUAUACAGUUUAGAGAACAAGAUGUUGGAUCGGGGAGUGCGGGUUCUAUCACCGAAGGGACAAGAAGCAAUAGAUACUACUCUAAAGGCACACUUAGUAGUUUUAAACACUGCUGUUGCUGGGAAAUGGUUAGGUGCUGUUGUAAAAGAAAAUAUACCUCUCGUUCUUCCAAAGGUAUUGUGGUGGAUUCAUGAAAUGCGCGGCCAUUACUUCAAGAUGGAAUAUGUGAAGCACCUCCCUCUCGUUGCUGGGGCUAUGAUCGAUUCACACGUCACAGCUGAAUACUGGAAGAAUAGGACUCAAGAACGUCUCAAGAUUAAAAUGCCGGAGACUUAUGUAGUUCACCUGGGCAAUAGCAAGGAACUAAUGGAAGUUGCUGAAGAUAAUGUUGCAAAGAGGGUAUUGCGGGAGCAUGUAAGGGAAUCCCUUGGUGUGCGAAGUGAUGAUAUACUUUUUGGUCUAAUAAACAGUGUUUCUCGUGGAAAGGGGCAGGACUUGUUUCUUCAUGCAUUUUACGAAAGCUUGCAGUUGAUCAAACAACAGAAAUUACAGUUACCACCUCUGCAUGCUGUAGUUGUAGGAAGCGACAUGGCUGCUCAGACUAAGUUUGAAACUGAGCUUAGAACCUUUGUUACAUUGAAGAAAAUCCAGAAUCACGUUCACUUCAUAAAUAAAUCUCUCACAGUUGCUCCUUAUCUAGCUGCCAUAGAUGUCCUUGUUCAAAACUCCCAGGCGCGUGGAGAAUGCUUUGGUAGGAUCACAAUUGAAGCAAUGGCAUUUCAGCUGCCUGUGCUGGGAACAUCAGCAGGAGGCACAACAGAGAUUGUAGUUAACGGGUCAACAGGUCUGUUGCACCCUGUCGGAAAAGAGGGAGUAAGCCCACUUGCCAAAAAUAUAGUAAAGCUUGCCACUCAUGUAGAGAGGAGGCUUACAAUGGGGAAAAAAGGUUACGAGAGAGUAAAAGAGAUGUUUCUCGAACGCCACAUGGCACACAGAAUUGCGGCUGUCUUAAAUGAAGUGCUGCAAAAUGCUGCUAAACAUCAUCCCAGAUCUUAACAACAACAAAGAAGAAGAAAUGCCCCAUUUUCUGUGUGCAAAGAAUUUAGGGUUUCCCCAUCUCCUAUUGCUAAUUGAAAUCCAUAUCAUUUUUCAAACUGAUGAUUUUUUUUUUUAUUUGGGUGCAAAAGAAAGUUAUAGUGAUGUGGUUCCCCCGGUGUUUGUUUUUGAUUGAAAAGAUUAUAGUAGGAAAUUGGGCAUAUAAUAGAUGAAUUGGUUCAAAUUGAA